UCAUGCAGCUCCGACUUGGAGGGCUCUUGGUGGGCCUCUUGCUGAUGAUCAAGCCCAUCUCUGUGCGCGGGAAGGAGAUCCGUGGAAGAGAAGAGCCUGAGCUCUCAAUCUUCAGAGAAUUUAGAGGAUCCGAUCCCCCAGAAGAGGAUGAAGUCCUGGACAUGUCGGACUUCGUAGGGCCGCGGCUGAAGGUGCCGCUUCCUUUGAUGAAUCCAGAAGGUGGCUCUGAAGCGGAAAAGCCCUUAAGUUCAUGGUACGGAUACAGCUUCCAGCCUUGGCCCCACGGAGGCCCCGAGGAGCCUGUGUGUAGGGUCAAACUGGAGCGGGUUUGGGGCCAGCGCCGUCUGGAGGUUGUGGGUCUCCUCACCAGCUACGAUGGCGGGUUCCUGAAGGCGCUGAGUGGGUCGGCCUGGAGCGAUGGAGAGCUGGAGAUGUUUGGGGUCUGCCCCACCGAUGUUCCCCGUGGCCUCCUCGCCUCUCUCCAGCAGGUUGGCGAUUCCCUGGACAAUCCACGGGAGAACAGGUUUCUCUGGCUUCAUCUGGAGGAAGUGAAAUGGGAGGCUGAAACGAAACUCCAGUUCAGGCUGGCUUUCCACGAGGACGCCGACGAGCCCCUCGGCACUCUGCAGCUCGCCCUCCUCGUUUUUUACCAAGGAGGGAUGGAUUCGGCGAGCCCCAGGAGCACCCCAGAGAAGUUCCUGCUGGGGGGGGAAGGUCUCCUCCCUCGAGAGCAGAUUGUCUGCCUCUCCGGGAGAACCCAGUACCUUGUCCUUCAGGGCUCACUGAUGUCGGGCAGACGUUCACCAGGGCAACUAAGCUUUGACGUUUCCUUGGCAAUCAGGCAUACGAGCAACAAAGGUGCCACCCUCUCCCACCGUGAAGCCCAAGACCUGCUGUUCGGCUUCGAUCCCAAGUGUUUCACCCGCAUGACCCCGGCUGUGUUGCUGUUGGCGGAGCAGAGGCCCCGAGGCGCUCCUCUUCCCUCCGCUUCGUUCCUCGCCGCCGAUGGCAAGUUGGACGUGGCCCCUUACCUGCAGCCCAGCGGUUUGCCGACAUCUGUCAUGGCUGAAGUGCCGCCCUCUGUUGCUGCCAGCACUGCAGCCAGCCAGGUGAACAUCUCUGCACCGAUGCUGGCAAACACCGGGCAGUUCCUAGAGGCUCUCUCCCAGUUUGUCAACAAGGUCUCCAGCCCCUCCGAUGAGCCGCCGCAGACCUCCAGUCCGCAGCUCCAACUGGAUUUCGGCACAAUGGAGGCCUUCCCCCACCUCCUGCUAAACCUGUCCGAGAAGGUGGCCUUGGAGCGGCUGGUUCGGUCCGAGGACCCCCUGGUGGUCCUGUUCCCUGAGAAUAGCCAGGCCUUGAUGGAGCAGCACUUGGCCCACUGGUCCUUGGAGGGGGCACUGUUACGGCAACUGCUGGUGAAGCUGCGUUCGGUGAUACAAGAACUGAAGGCCUACCCGUCCUUCCAGGCCCACGCAGCCCUCUUCCGCAGCCUCCUGGCUUUCUGCCACUACCCUUCUGGUCUCUCUCCAGGAGGGGCAGAGGGGUCCCGGGGCCGGCAGAAGAUCCACAGCCUGCUGCUUCUCAAAGCCCUCCAGGCGGUCCGCUUUCGCUGGCAGGAGUCGAGGAAGGCCUCCCCCCGGGCGAACCGCAGCACUGGCAACCGGGGCGACUACUGCCAGCUGCAGAAGCUCAAGAUCAACCUGAACUCCACCGGGUACAUCAUUUUGCCAAAAUGGUACGACGCCAACAACUGUGUGGGGUCCUGCCGCCUCCCCCUCUCCACCCGCGUCCCCGACUAUUACUCCCACACGAUCUUCUUGCUGCAUGUCCAAGACCAGCGCCUGCCUCUCGAGCGAGCCCCUUGCUGCGUCCCCGUUAGGUACUCCCAAAGCAUCUUCGUUACCUUCACCAGCGAUCAAAACGUGAAGGUGAAGGCCUACCCCAAUAUGGUAGCCGAGGAGUGCGGCUGUCGGUAGAGGGGGAAACCGGCUCUGCGUGGCCAGCCGUGGUCUCGUGCCAGAGUGGGCCUCGCCGGUGGCUGUUGAACCCACCAUCCUCUCCCUCCUGCCAUUGACCAGGACUGUUGGGCCUCCUCUUGUGCCUGAGACCAAACUAAUAAGGCUGUGUACGCACACCAUACAUUCAAAGCACAUUAUUUUCCCCCAAGAAGCCUGGGCACUUUAUUUUACAGAGCUACAAUCACCAGGAAUUCAGCUACGGUUCCCAGGACCCUUUGGGAGAAAUACUGUCCUCUAAAUAUAUGGUGUGUACGCUGCUUGUGCACCAGCGACAUCUCGCUGGUGUGUAUUAAACAUAUGCGGAGUUAGCACACCUACAGAAUUCCUCUCGCUUUGCAUAAUUUAUUCUUAUGAGGAGAGACUGAAAGAACUGGGCAUGUUUAGCCUGGAGAAGACUGAGGGGAGAGAUGAUAGCACUCUUCAAGUACAUGAAUGGUUGUCACACAGAGGAAGGCUGGGAUCUCUUCUCGAUCGUCCCAGAGUGCAGGGCAUGGAAGAAUGGGCUCAAGUUGCAGGAAGCCAGAUUUCAGCUGAACAUCAGGAAAAACUUCCUAACUGUCAGAGCAGUAUGACAAUGGAACCCAUGACCAAGGGAGGUGGUGGUCUCUCCAACCCGGGAGGCCUUCAAGAGGCAGCUGGACAGCCACCUGUCGGGGAUGCUGUAACAUUUCCACUAUCCUAAUCAUUGAAGAUUUAGCCUGUUUAGUUGAUGCAUUUAGUAAAGCAAGAGUUUCUUUAAAAGUAUGGUGUGUGAAUUUCAAAAGGUGCAUGAAAUAUUUCUUUAAAAAGAAUUAAUACCUCAAGCAACUGAACUAGAAUAUUUGACUGGGGAGGAGAUUGGGGGGAAAUCGAUAAAGCACACACUGUGGUUUAAAGCCAGAUUUCAACUUGACAUCUGGAGAAACUUCCUAACUGUUAGAGCCAUACGGCAAUGGAACCAAUGACCUAGAGAGGUAGUGGGCUCUCCGACACUGGAGGCCUUCAAGAGGCAGCCUGUUUGGGAUGCUUUGAUUUGGAUUCCUGCAUUGAGCAGGGGGUUGGACUGGAUGGCCUUACAGGCCCCUUCCAACUCUGCUAUUCUAUGAUUCUAUGCAUUUGCAAUAUA